AGGAACUGUAUCGUUUACGUGAUUUUCUUUUCCCAUCUUUUCUCUCUUGAACUGGAGAAUGCCGGAGUUGUUUUGCAGCGUUGCCAGCUGCUUGCCUGUUAGUCCCUGUCGUCUUGUCGCCGGAGCGGAUGCAGCCUGUAUCUUCAGUGUGUGUUUGAAACUCAAACGCUUCAUGGGGAUACAACAACCUUGGGAUCCUAUCAAAUAAGUUUGUUUUCAAGAAGUGGAGCCUUUUCUGGAGGACUCUUUGACGAUUGAAAUUUGAAGUCACAGCUAUACUGACGUCUAUAGGAAUAUUGCUGCUCCAUCGGCCGUCAAUGUCCCGUAUCAAUUUAAAAGAAAACGAAUUUUCUGUGGCUUUGGGUCGUUAAAUGAUAUUCGGGGGGAUUCUUUUAAAAAGCAAAAUGCUGCUGCUUGUUCUGUUGGCUUUUUCCGUGUCCAGUUCGUAUGCUAACUCGGAUUCUGACCUCUCCGCGGAGACCUGCAGCGCUUGCUCUUGCAUGUCCAUCGAGAACGUCCUCUAUGUGAACUGUGAAAAAAUUACCGUGUACAGACCUACCCAGCUCAAACCCCCGAACUCCCUUCUCUACCAUCUAAAUUUUCAAAACAAUCUAUUGAUAAUCCUAUAUCCCAAUUCAUUUCUCAAUUUCACGCACGCCGUAUCUCUCCAUCUGGGGAACAACAAACUGCAGAACAUCGAGGGAGGGGCCUUCGUUGGACUCAGUGCACUGAAACAGUUGCACUUAAAUAACAAUGAAUUAAAGGUGCUUCGCGCGGACACUUUUUUAGGAAUUGAGAACUUGGAAUACCUCCAGGCUGACUACAAUUUAAUCAAGUUCAUCGAACGAGGAGCCUUCAAUAAAUUGCAUAAGUUAAAAGUCCUUAUCCUAAAUGACAAUCUCAUUCAAAGCCUUCCUGAUAACAUUUUCCGCUUUGCAUCCCUGACACACUUGGAUAUAAGAGGUAACAGGAUUCAGAAGCUGCCUUACAUUGGAGUGUUGGAGCACAUUGGGAGAAUAGUGGAGCUGCAGCUGGAUGACAACCCCUGGAAUUGUACUUGUGAUUUGUUACCCUUGAAAGCCUGGUUGGAGAACAUGCCCUAUAAUAUCUUUAUUGGUGAGGCAAUAUGUGAGACUCCCAGUGAUCUGUAUGGGAGGCUGUUGAAAGAAACUAACAAGCAGGAGCUGUGUCCCAUGGGAACGGGCAGUGAUUUUGACGUCAGGAUGCCACCCUCACAACCGGAGAACGGGCAGACAACGUCGAAUGCUGCGCCGACAACGGCACCACGGAUCGUCACCAAAGCCCCCAAAACUACCAACCCCUCAAAAAUAUCCGGGAUUGUUGCCGGGAAAGUGUUCCCUGGCAAAAAUCUCAGCCAAAUUGUGUCCUAUCAAACAAGGGUCCCACCCCUCUCCCCCUGCCCCCUCCCUUGUACCUGCAAAACACACCCGUCUGACUUUGGCAUCAGCGUCAGCUGUCAAGAAAGGAAUAUAGAAAAUCUGGCAGAUCUGGUACCUAGGCCACCUAAUGCUAAGAAACUGCACCUCAGUGGUAAUUACAUCAGAGAUAUCAGCCCAGUUGAUUUUCAAGGAUUUGAAGGCUUAGAUCUGUUGCAUUUGGGCAGCAAUCAAAUAGUGACUGUUCAGAGAGGAGUGUUUGCGAACCUGACAAACCUUCGCAGGCUUUAUCUUAAUGGCAAUCAGCUCGAGCGCCUUUAUCCUGAGAUGUUCCUUGGGCUUGGUAACCUCCAGUACUUGUAUUUGGAAUACAAUGCCAUAAAGGAGAUAUUAGCCGGUACAUUUGACUCCAUGCCAAACCUGCAGCUUUUGUAUCUGAACAAUAACGUGCUCAGGAGCCUUCCAGCCUACAUCUUUGCCGGCGUCUCCCUGGCCAGGCUGAAUCUGAAAAACAAUCACUUCAUGAGUCUGCCUGUGAGUGGCGUUCUAGACCAGCUCAGAUCUCUCACGCAGAUCGACCUGGAAGGCAAUCCCUGGGAGUGCACGUGUGAUUUAGUGGCUCUGAAGCUGUGGCUGGAGAAGCUGAGCGACGGCGUCGCUGCCAAAGAGGUCAAAUGCGCGUCCCCCGUUCAGUUCUCCAACAUCGAGCUGCGCCUGCUGAAGAACGAGAUUCUGUGCCCCAAGCUGGUCGCGAGGCCCCCCUUUGUCCUAACCAGCCCCCCCUCUGCAGUCACCUCCAUGUCCCCUGCAGGUGUGGGCAAGGCGCCCCCCGGUGGCCCUGUGCCCCUCUCUAUAAUGAUCCUGAGCAUUUUGGUGGUGCUGAUCCUCACUGUCUUUGUGGCGUUCUGCCUGCUCGUCUUCGUGCUGAGGCGGAACAAGAAGCCGGCGGGCAGGCACGAGGGGCUGGGGAACCAGGAGUGCGGGUCCAUGCAGCUGCAGCUGAGGAAGCACGACCAGAAAUCCAGCAAGAAGGACGACAUGGGCGGGGAGACUUUCAUCCCCCAGACUAUCGAGCACAUGAGCAAGAGCCACACCUGUGGGAUGAGAGACUCCGAGUCUGGCCUGAAAUUUGCCGACUCUCAGAGGCAGAAAAUAAUCCUGCGAAAUAGCGCGGACAAGGACAAGGACUCGUUACACCCGCUGGAUCCGAGAAAGAGACUGAGCACUAUUGAUGAGAUGGACGAGUUCCUGCCGGGCAGAGAGUCCAACAUGUUUAUCCAGAACUUUUUGGAGAACAAAAAGGACUUCAACAGUAUAGGGGUUAGUGGGUUUGAGAUCCGUUACCCAGAGAAAUCGCAGGACAAAAAAAUGAAAAAAUCCCUAAUAGGGGGCAACCACAGUAAGAUAGUGGUCGAGCAACGAAAAAGUGAGUACUUUGAACUCAAAGCAAAACUUCAAGGAACCCCAGACUAUCUUCAAGUGCUAGAAGAACAGACAGCACUGAGUAAAAUGUAGGGCACCCAGCAUCUUUUUUUUCCCCCCUCCCCAUGAUAAAAGUGCCUUCCAGAAAAUCAUAAUGACCAAUGGAUAACUGGGCAACUGUUUCUAGGGAGCAACUCAACAUAAUGUUAGUUGCCUCACCUCCAUAGAAUUUAGUGGACAUGUUACAAACAACCAUUUUUUCAAUGUGGUGAUGCCAUUAUUGAAUAUACUCUAUGAAUAUUCCACAUUUAACUG